AGAUAGAAAGAGAAGUGAGCAUAGAAGUGAGAAAAAUCGCGCGGAACAAGAACGACAACAGCGGAAAGAAAAAUGUUGUCGGAACGAAGAUGGUCCGAAGGUUCCGCGUUGCGUUUCCUAAAGGCCAAAGCGAACCAAUUGUCGCUGUCGGCGCCGUCGAGUCCGUCUCCGUCGACAUCCUCGCUGUCGUGGUCGACGUCCAUGUGCUCCUCGUCCGAGUUGCUGGACGGUCAGUCGGUGGAAGACGUGAGCAGCGGAAGUAGCAGCGAACCCGGAACCGAGGAUGUGCCCGGAUUUCCGCCCGGUGAAAUCCGCCAACACGCCACCGACGGCUUCAUGAAGCGCUUUUGGCGCCGGAAGAAGAGUCUCACCAUCAACGAAUACGAUCCUUCGUUCAAAGUCAUCUACUUGGGGAAUGUGCUCACUGGCUGGGCGAAAGGCGAGGGUUGCGUGGAUCGUCCGUUGGCAACUUUGUGGAAAAACUACAAGGCGCAGAACGGGAAACAAGAGAUUCAAAUGAAGAUGACAGUCUCCAACAGUGGGCUGAAGGCGUUUACGAAAGAACACGGAUUGACCGAGUACUGGAGCAACCGCGUGACUUUCUGCAACACGCAUCCCCGAUUCCCAAAAGUUUUCUGUUGGGUGUACCGUCACGAAGGCAGACGCCUGAAGCAGGAACUGCGGUGCCACGCUGUGUUGUGUCCCAGUGAGGCCAAGGCUGGGAAACUGGCCCAGGCUUUGCAGGACAGACUCCAGUUUGCCCUCCAGGAGUUCAGGCGAGAUAAACUGAACCGACAGAAGGCGAGGCUGAGUUUGGCCAACUGCGUCUACGAUGUGCCUUCGCUCCCUAGACGGAAGCAGUUGCUUAGCACGGGCAUGAAUAAUUACAGACCUCCGUUGGAGCGGUCGAAAUCCGCGCCGAAACUCAAGUCGAUCGAAGAAGGCUACGAAGAAAGCGCCUUGGAGGACCUCGUCGAAGAGGACGAAGACAAUGAGGAAACCCUGCUGGACGAAGCACCCAUCAUCAAUGGUACCCAUCCCAACCCGACGUCGAAUCCGGAAAUAAUCACUGACCAAGACCAGGACGACGAAGAAGACGAAGUCUCCUUUGCCUACAACCCGGACUCGAGUUCGUGUCCUUGCGCCAAGUCCGGCGAGUGCCAGUGUCAACGACAGAAACCCGGCGAGUUGUACGGAACCCUUCCGGGUCAGCUCCUGGGUGUCGAAGCCCCCGACGACUACGAAGAAGAGGAAGAAGAAGAAGAAGCUAGUUCGUCACCGCCGACGUCGUCUCGGUUGUUGCCGAGGAGCUCUUUGCCGAGUCACGUGUUGCCUGGGCCCGUGAGGGUUGACCCGAGUCCCCACGAGCCCAGGUCCUCGUUUUCCUUGGGUUCCCGCGUGUGUCCCGGGGAGAAGCCGCACUGCGAAGCUGGGCUCUGUGAUGAGCAGUUUUGCAGCGCGAGGUCGUCGACGCGACUGGCGGAAGACCUGGAACGACUGCGACUGGACGGGGCUCCAGACCUUGUCCUGGAGUCUAACAACAAUAUCAACAACAAUAAUAAUAUCACGAGCAACACGUUUGUAGCGGAGAAGAAGGGAUUUGACGAGAAGGAGAUUCUGAGGGCUGUCACGAUUGCUGGACUCGUCGGGUGCUUCAGGCAGUCAAAGGCCUGACGUUGGAAAAGCGUUUGCAGUUUGAGCAGUAGUUUUUUUUUUUUUUUUGGAGGGCAAGGGGGGUUCAUAUUAUUUUAUUUUCCGUUUCUUCCCGGUGUGGCUUUUUUUUGGGGGGGAUCCGUGGAAAAUCAGUCACCCGGAAAUCAUCGCAGCUAUUUUAUUCCUGGCACAAUCCGUUUGCGAUCUCCCAUUUCUUGGACUUGAAAUAAUGUUGGUCUUGUCGGAUGAAAUCUGUAGAAAAACCGAAUUCAAACCCUUCAGUGGAAGAUGAAGAAAAAUUUUUUUUUUUAAAUCACCUUGGAUUUGCUACUGCUGACCUGGAGUUCUUGUCCAGACGUUACCUUUAAAUGUAGAGAGAAAAAAAACCUUCCUACUUCGAUUACACCGGUUUUUGGAAAACGAAAGGUUUUGAUCCCGACUUAGUAUUCCUUGAAUUAUCGGAUAACUUAAUUGAUUAUUUUCAAGUUUAUAAUUUUGAAUUACAUCUUGCACUAAUUUCGUGACAUUAUCGGUGAUAAUUUUUUGUCAGUCGUGUCUUUUUGGUUUUUUGUAAUUUUCAAGAAGGAUUUUUAUCAUUGCCUUACCAGUGUCCUAAUUAUGUUUUCCCACCAAGGUUUAAAUCUGGGAAAAGGCGGAAACUUCGAAAUGAGUGAAUGAGUUAAAUGCCUCACUUGAAUGUUCUGUAAAUUUACUGAAAGUUUUGCUGCUGCCAAAUGUCAACAAUCUUUUUAAUGACAAUGUCCGUAAUCUGACGAUUAUUUUCAAACGAAAAAAAAAUUUUUUUUUGCUAAAUUUUUGUUUUGGAAAUACUGAUGAAUUUAAAGGAUUCGCUGAAAUAUUAACUCUUGGACAGAACAUGAAAUUCCAGGACCGCCAUUAAAAAAAAUUUCCAUCGAAUGAACUGAGACCAUACCUUGUUAUUGAUUCCUCAAUAACUCGUAGGAUUCUGACUGAUUAAUUUCUGAAGCAAGGAAAAACAGCUUUCGAUCCACGCCUCGUUUUGUCUCAUUCAUGGAUUUCCGCUGACAAGACUUCAUGUGAUCCGUUUGUUGAGUUUAGAAUUCUUCUUUGAAACAACAUUAUACUUUUGAUCUUGCUCGGGGGCAUAUAUUUUUUUCACGUUUUGGGUGGCUGAUUUUUCAUGCGACGAGUCUGGAAAAGGUGCUGAAGUGUGAAAGUGUGAGACGGGAGAUUUAGGAAGACAUUCGAUCAUGUUUCGCGAGAAAAAAAAACUAGAAUUUAAAAAAAAAAACAAUUGAGUAAUUAGAAAGCAGGGAAACACACGGAUGAGCAGUGGUUACCGCUUCUAGUGAAAUAGUUAUUUUAUUUUGGCUUGCUGCAGAGUGGAGUUGCUUCUGGCAAUUUCAGCUGGUGUUGUGCAAAUGCGGGAUUUGAAAUUUUAAAAACAAUUUUUUGGAGGGCAAUGACGACGGCUGGGGAGGACAGGAUUGCUGGUUUGUGAUUCAGUGCUGAAUUUGGCACUGGUUUCCGCAAGCGGUUCCUGAGGCUAUAGGUUCAUUAUUUUGUGUUUUUUUAAUUUAUGUAUGAGCUGCAUGGAGGGAGUGUUUUGAUUGAUUUGAAACCGCUCUGCAAUUUCUUUUCUGUGGUUCAAAUGUGUGUGAGAGAAAGAAUACACAUCUUGCAGCCAAUA